AUGGGAAAUAUUAAAGUGGGGAUUACUGUGUGGUAUUUUUUUUGUUUUACAUUUUGCAUAGCAGCAGAUGUGAAAGUGACAGUCAAAGGGUUGGCUCCCAUUGCCACAAUUUAUGAUGAUUUUAUAUGUGCAACUUUGGAUUGGUGGCCCACCUCUAAAUGUAACUAUGACCAAUGUCCUUGGGGACAUUCUGGUCUUUUCUCUUUGGAUUUGGACAAUAAGAUUUUGUUAAAUGCUGUUAAGGCAUUCAAUCCAUUGAGAAUAAGAAUCGGAGGUUCAUUGCAAGAUCAGGUAGAAUACCAAGUGCAAAAUUCGUCGAAAAGAUGCUUGCCUUUCCAAAAAUCAGAAGCAGGCUUAUUUGGAUUUACUGCAGGUUGCCUCACCACACACAGAUGGGAUCAACUAAAUCACUUCUUUAACCAAACAAGGGCUAAAAUCACAUUGGGAUUGAAUGCACUUGUUGGAAGGAAAAAGUCAAGCCAAAAAGAUUCAACUCUUUGGUUUGGUGAUUGGGAUUCAAAAAAUGCUGGCAAUCUGAUGAAGUACACAGUCUCGAAAGGAUACAAGAUUGAUUCCUACGAACUUGGUAAUGAACUAUGCUCAAAUGGGGUAGCUGCAAGAGUGGAGGCAGAGCAGUAUGGUAAAGACAUGACUGUUCUUAAAAAACUUGUCCAACAAGUAUACCCAAAUCAGAAUACGCAGCCGAAGGUGUUGGGUCCGGGUGGUUUCUUUGACGAUAAAUGGUUUAAGACGUUCCUUCAAGUUUCAGGACCAAAUGUUGUCAAUGGACUAACCCACCAUAUCUAUAAUCUUGGUGCUGGUUCUGAUCCCACUCUUGCCAACAAGGUUCAAGACCCGUAUUUCCUAGACCAAAUAAGAAAGGUGUAUAGCAAUGUAUCAGCAACAGUCAAGCAAUUUGGGGCAUGGACUGAAGCAUGGGUGGGGGAAUCAGGUGGAGCUUAUAACAGUGGAAGCAAGAAAGUUUCAUAUAGUUUUUCUGAUGGCUUCUGGUAUUUGGACCAAUUGGGAAUGACAUCAACCUUCAAUCACAAGGUUUUCUGCAGACAGACCCUUAUAGGAGGAAACUAUGGACUUCUCAAUACUACAACCUUUGUCCCAAAUCCUGAUUAUUACGGUGCGCUUCUGUGGCAUCGCCUCAUGGGAAAGAAUGUGCUUGCUGCCAAUCAUGUUGGGUCUCCAUAUUUGAGAGCAUAUUCUCAUUGUUCCAAACAAAAGCCUGGAAUUACAGUACUACUGAUUAAUAUGUCAAACUCAACUACCUUCAAUGUGUCAAUUCAAAAUGAUGGAAAUGCUUCUGGAAGUGGGGAAGUGCAGAGAGAGGAAUACCAUCUGACCCCUAAAGAUAGAGAUAUAUUUAGUGAUGUGAUAUUGUUGAAUGGAAUUCCAUUAGUGCUCACAAAAUCAUCGGAUAUUCCUGUCAUGAAUCCUAAGCUUGUUAACGCGUUUUUGCCUAUUGUUGUUGCACCACAUUCUAUAGUUUUCGCCGUUGUAAGAGGCUUCAAUGCACCUGCAUGUUCAUAGCACAACUUUUAUACUAAAUCUUUACAUUACAUCUCAUAUUG